UCGAAGAAAGUUGGUCUGAAUUCGUUGCUAGUGUGGCAUAAUAUGUGUUAGCAUGAGUUUUAUAAGAUUGAUAACCCUUUUUUGUUGUUACCUUGCAUUUGCGAAGGUUAACGGUCAAAGAACUUUUCCGCCGGAAUUUAAAUUUGGUGUAGGAACGUCAGCGUACCAGAUCGAAGGAGCAUGGAAUGAAGGUGGCAAAGGAGAAUCCAUUUGGGAUCGUCUGGUGCAUCAUUUUCCGGAGAAAAUUGCUGAUGGAACAAAUGGAGAUAUUGCAUGCGACAGCUAUCACAACUAUAAACGAGAUGUUGAGAUGCUCGCGGAGUUAGGAGUCAACAUGUACCGGUUCUCGAUGGCAUGGACGCGUAUUAUGCCUAGUGGAAUCAGCAACGAAAUCAAUCAAGCCGGUAUUGACUACUACAACAAUCUGAUCGAUGAAUUGCUUAAGUACAAUAUCGAGCCGAUGGUAACGUUGUACCAUUGGGAUUUGCCACAACGAUUGCAGGAGAUGGGAGGUUGGACCAAUAGAGAAAUAGUCGAUCACUUUAGAGAAUAUGCAAGGGUUGCAUUCGAAAAUUUUGGGGAUCGCGUCAAAUGGUGGACCACAUUUAACGAACCUUAUCCGAUAUGUGUACUUUCAUAUGAAUAUGACUCUAUGGCACCGGGAUAUGAUUUUGCUGGUAUUCCUACAUACUUGUGUGGCCACCACCUGCUGUUAUCUCAUGCUGAAGCAGUUGAACUGUACCGGACGCAGUUUCAACCAACUCAAAAUGGAAUUAUUGGAUUCACCAUGGACUCAUCAUGGAAUGAACCGAGGAGUGAUUCAGAAGACGAUAAGGAGGCUUCAGAGCUCGCCAUGCAAUUUGCUCUUGGUUGGUAUAUGCAUCCAAUGUUUUCUGAAAGUGGAAAUUAUCCGCAAGCAAUGAUUGAUCGAGUGGGAAAUCUAAGCAUGGAGCAAGGCUUUGCUCAAUCGCGUUUACCGCAAUUCACUGAUCAAGAGAUAGAAAAAUUGAAGGGUUCAGCUGAUUUCUUUGGAUUGAAUCACUAUACCACAUCAAUUGUGUACAAAAACGAUGCGGAUAAUUCCGUUAACUUUAGGGUACCGUCGUAUGACCACGACCGUAACACAGUAGGAUAUCAGGACCCAGACUGGCCGGACUCUGGAUCGGAUUGGUUGAAAGUUAAUCCACAGGGAUUGUAUCGGUUGCUAACCUGGAUUCGGAAUGAAUACAAUAACCCACUGGUAUACAUAACCGAGAAUGGUGUUAGUGAUCGCGGAGGAACAAAGGACAUAGAGCGAGUAAGUUAUUAUAACAGUUACUUGAAUGCAGUCUUGGAUGCAAUGGACGAAGGUAGCGACAUACGAGGUUAUGUGGCUUGGAGUUUGAUGGACAAUUUCGAGUGGAGAGCUGGCCUUACCGAGCGCUUUGGCUUGUACUACGUCGACUAUGAGGAUCCUUCACUAACUAGAAUCGCCAAAACAUCAGCCAAAGUAUACGCAAACAUAAUUAAAACGCGAAUGAUUGACCUGGAUUAUUUGCCUGAACCUGAUGUGUUGAUUCCUGGUCCAGAGGAAUAGCCAUAGUGUGGGUAUUCCAGAAUAAUUUUCACUCUAUUAGUAAAUUUAGUAAAAGUUAAUAUCAAAUCCAAUUUUGCAAAUGCAAGAAAAAAUACGUACCUAUGUGUUUUUGAACUCAAAAUUUCGUUUAAUAUUGAUUUAUAUUCUAUUCAAGCCAAAAUGUUAUGUAAUAAAAAGAUGGGUUUAAAUACCACACAUACACAC